AUGACAAGACUUGUCUCCCUCCCAGCAAGUGUCUUUAUUUUGGACAAUGCUUAUAUUAUUGAGGCAGAAGUGCAGAGAAGAAAACAGUUAGUCCAUCAGUCAGUGGAAUGCAGAGCCAUCAUCUCCAAGUGCUACAAACCAAAACACCCAGAGGUGUACACUCUGCAGGAUUCCUUCCUGGCCCCAGAUUUCCUGGAGAUCGUGCGAUACUGCACAUCGCCGGGAGCUCAUCUCCAGGGCCUCCUGGGCUACCUCGAGUCCUUCUCAGAUAAGAGGAUCUAUCGACUCCCAGUGUUCACAGAGGGGUUCUGCCAGACCUUUGUGGAUGAGCUGGAGAACUUUGAGCAGUCGGACAUGCCCAAAGGCAGGCCCAACACCAUGAAUAACUACGGGGUUUUGCUGAACGAGCUUGGGAUGGAUGAGGGCUUCCUGACCCCCCUGAGGGAGCAGUUCCUGCGGCCCAUCACGGCCCUGCUGUACCCUGAGCUGGGGGGAUCCUGCCUGGACAGCCACAGAGCCUUUGUGGUCAAGUACUCCCUGCACGAGGACCUGGAUCUGAGCUCCCACUAUGACAAUGCAGAAGUCACCUUAAAUGUCUCACUGGGGAAAGACUUCACAGAAGGCAACUUGUACUUUGGGGAAUUCUACAAGGAUCCCAGUCCCGUGCCGAAGUACCUGGAGGUGGAACACGUGGGAGCCCAGGGGCUGCUCCACCGGGGAGGGCAGAUCCAUGGGGCGCUUCCCAUCGGCUCCGGGGAGCGCUGGAACCUCAUCGUGUGGAUGAGAUCAUCCCUCAUCCGAAACCAGCUCUGCCCCAUGUGCAACAGCAAACCCCGGUUGGUGGAAGCAGAGGGAUUUGGGGAUGGGUUCACAGGAACCCUGGAAGAGGACGUGCCCGAGACCGUGGAUGUCUGUGCCCUGUGGUAGGGGAUGGGAAAACACAAUUUCUGCAGACCACGUUGCCUAAAGCUCCUCUCUGACCUCUCAGACUGCACUAACAGACUCUGAUGGAUGCAGGAGUCCUGUAAGAAGUAGAUCUCACCAUGGAAAAGGAUACAAAGCCAGCCCUGCCAGGGUUAGGGGAGCUUGGAGAGCUGGAACUCAGCUCACCAGGGCUCACUCUGGGGCUACAGGACUGUAAGACAGAGAAAGCCCCAACACUUUGGUGCACUACAGAGACUUAGUAAAUAUUUUCAGGUGUACAGGGAAAACACCUGAAGAUCCUUGGCCUCUGUGCCAAUAGCAGCAUCCCAGGUCCUGCUGGAAAUGGGAAGGAAUGGUGAUUAAAGCCCUACACUUACCACUCUCUGCUGUUCUCAGUGGUCUCCUGUCCUCUUCCAGGGGCAGGGGAAGAGCUUUUUAUUGCUGAGUGACAGAGAAGGAUCUGCUCAGAAAUGAGAUCCAGGUGAUUCACAAUAGGCUGCUGGGAAUGGCAGGGAAUUACUAUCACUGGAGGUUUGCCUAGCCCAGGCUCAGAAGAAUCCAUCAGGAGCAAUAUAUAGGGAGAGCUGAUCCCACAGGGUGGCUGAGAGGAUUUCCACAGGCUUCCACAAGCCCUUCUGAGCACAAAUUUCCAGUAGGCAGAAACAGAGACAAAGCUCUGGGAGUGACCUGCAGCACAGCAAAACUUUACAUUUAACUCCCUUUGCUUUAGCUAUAUGAGCAAGUGAAAAUACAAAAUAACUCUCCCAAGCUGGGUGC